UUCAGUGUGUAUCUUUGUUUGCACCGAGUGAUCCUGUGAAUAUUGUUCUGAAAUCUACUUAUUUUCGGCGGAAAUCGAGUUUAUUCUUUAUUAUUUUGAUUUGUGAAGAGUAUCGGAGAUGUUGAGGGCGGUUGUGCUGGGGAUCCUGUGCUGCGUUCGUGCGGCGUCUGGAGCAGGAACCCACUCCCUGCGGUAUUUCUACAGGGGGACCUCAGCCGAAGCGGAGUUCCCUGAGUUUGUGGUGGUGGGGGUGGUGGAUGAUGUGCAGAUUGAUUAUUACGACAGCAAGAGCAAGCAAAACAUCCCCAGACAGCAGUGGAUGAAGGACAAUAUGGAACCAGGAUACUGGGAGACACAGACUCAGAUAUGCCUCGGUGCCGAGCAGACAUUCAAAACUAAUAUUGGAAUCGCAAUGCAACAUUUCAACCAAACUGAAGGAGUUCACACAUGGCAGCACAUGUAUGGCUGUGAGCUGGAUGAGGACGGGACCAAGCGGGGGUUUGAUCAGUACGGAUACGAUGGGGAGGAUUACAUCAGCUUCGAUAAGGACACCCUGACCUGGAUUGCUGCCAGCCAGCGUGCUUUCAACACGAAACUGAAGUGGGAUGCUAGGAGUGCCAUGAAUCAGGACUGGAAGGUGUAUCUGGAGGGCAGGUGUAUCGAGUGGCUGCAGAAGUACGUCCAGUACGGGAGGGAGACUCUGGAGAGGAGAGUUCCUCCUGCAGUGACUCUGCACCAGAGGAAAGCUCGUGGAUCUGCAGACACGGAGGUCCUGUGUCAUGUGACAGGGUUCUUCCCCCGCGCUGUGGAGGUGACCUGGGUCAGAGAUGGAUGGGAUCAGCUGGACGAGGGGGUGCAGAGUGGGGAGGUGCUGCCCAACCAUGACGGGACCUACCAGCUGAGAAAGAUCCUGACAGUGAGCCCUGAGGAGCAGAGGGGACACAGCUACUCCUGCCAGGUGGACCACGCCAGCUUCACUGAGAAACAGAACUUCAUCUGGGAUCCCAACAUGAGGAGUAGCGAUGGCGGACCCCUGAUUGGGAUCAUUGCUGGAGUCAUAGGGGGUAUACUGGCUCUGGCUGCAGUGAUCAUUGGAGUGGUGAUCUGGAAGAAGAGACAAGGAGGUGCCCAGAAGUCAGACUACAGCAAAGCUCCAUUUUGGGAAGGCUCCGACACUUCGUCUGACACCUCCGCUAAAGCCUGAGGAGUGUGACUCCACUGCAGAGAGAAUCAGCGACUCUGCAGAGAUUUCAUCUUUUACAAUCCUUCAUACGCAAUACUGCUUUAUAGUUUGAUUUGAUUCCACACAUUGCAACUGUGCAAACCAGUAGACAAGGAACCUGCCUCAAAAUCAACUGUGUAAAUCAGGAAACAACACAAAUGAUACAAUGAGAGGAACAAGAACAUGCAUUUCUACAACAUGACAUUAUAAUGGGAUACAGCAAGACGACCCGUUUAACAAGGAGCUGUCAUAUCCAUGCAGGGCUAUUGUAGAAACACUAACACUCACUAGUGAUAUUAACAAGGAGCUGUCGUAUUCUAUCAGUAAAUGAAUACGACAGAAAUACUAACAGUCACUAAUCCUAUUAUUUAUCGACAUUAGUAAAGCAUUCUAGUUGAACGUUUGUCAAAGUACAGUCAAUUCUCAUUGAAACAAACUUGUAUUGAAUUAAUUUCCUCAUACUACGAAUGUUCUGCAUGGUCCCAGACAGGUUUAGCAGUCUCUUAUUGUAAAUCACUCAAUAAAUAUUGCACCACUGACCCAGACAAAGAAAGAUGUUGCUGCAGAUUUCAACAUUCCUGCAAACACUUUCUCAACCAUUCUGAAAAACCAGGAUCAGUAAUAUACUGAAUCUGGAAUCACUAUGAGACACACCCUGAGGGAUGAGCACAGCAGCUGGGACAUGCACAUUUCAACUGCAGUUCAUUUGCCAUGUAUACUUUUUAAAAGCUCACUUUACAGCUGUAUUGUCAAUAAAAUGCACAGUACUUUUACAUGUAUAAUACCUUUCAUUGUACUGUAAUUUGAUUUCAGUCUUUAACUUCAAUACAAACUCGCAGUAUGCAUUUGGCUUUAGACCCCUGAUAAUCAGAGUUACUGAUGAGACACAUUGUUUCGCUGGUCCCUUGUUUGUAUUGAUGAGAGUUGACUGUCUUCUCUUUUAGCAUUGCUGCAUGUAUCCUGUUUAAGGCAGACACUGAGUCUGAGUGAUUCGGUGUCUUCACUUCAGUUGCAGUUGCAGUUCCCUUGUCUACUGGUCCGGCUUUGUUUAUACACCAUGCUUAUGUUUUUCUCAAUCAGAAUGUGCUUUUGAUAAUACUGUAGAUAGUUUGUUAAGAGUGUCUCGCUGUACCCCAGUGUCCCAGUCCCCAGGGUUAGUGUACCCCAGUGUCCGAGUCCCCAGGUUUAGUGUACCCCAGGGUUAGUGUACCCCAGCGUCCCAGUCCCCAGGGUUGGUGUACCCCAGCGUCCUAGUCCCCAGGGUUGGUGAACUAGUAAAAGAUAAGAUGAUACAAUAGCCCUUUAAAUGACAUACAUUAAAACAAGCCAUUUUAAAAAGCCAUGACAGCCACACAGAAAGGGACAGGCGAGGCACCUUCAUGUAAUCAAUACAUUGUGAUGUUCAUCAGCCAUCAGCUUCGUGUUACACAUCACUGAUGCAGCAAACCUGCUUCACUGCAUUGCAAUGAGAGCUGCUCAUCACUGCUGUGAAACAGCAUUGACCCUCUAGAAACUACAUGCAGAGCAGCAGCUCGGCUCUGUGUGGGAGCAGCUGUCAGAGCAGAGCAGUGAGCAGGUGUGGAGAGAGGAGGGAGGAGAGGAGAGGGAGGGGUGAGGG